GCUGUUCAGGACGAGUGGUGCACACAUCCAAACACGCACGCUCGGACAAUAAAAGAUUUUUGACCCCACUGGAGCCAACAAAAUUCAGAACAGACCAGCUUCCGUCUGAAAUCGCGUUCGUUGAUUUCCGAUCUAAGAUCCAUACCACGAAAAUUUUCAAUAGAGCAGUCCAGUCCGUCACUGACGGAAUAACAAGGGGAACUACAAAAACGGAAGUUAUGAGGCCGGGGAAAAGGCAGCGAGUCCAGUUUGAGGGCGAAGUAUUCACCUUCUGAAAAAUCUUCCUAACAGACCUUUAUCAGGCGAUUCGGCAUGCAUUCAAUGGAUACAAUCGAACAGUUUGAAGAGAUUGAGUUACGGGCGAUUUUUUUAUUCUUGUUCCUCGCUCGGCGACAGCUUGACUGCUCUGGCGACAAGCGUGUGCGCAACGUUACGCCAGGGCAGAGUCCCCCUUGCUCUUCCGAGUCAGGUGACGCUCUGGUUGAAGUCUAAUCCGAAACGAAAGGAAGAGGAUCCUAAAGCCAAGGAUAACGCGCCUCCGCAGGGAACACAGUCGCAGUCGCCCUGACAGGAGGGAGGAGGAAGUCCUAACCAAGGCGUCGGAACGGCGUAUCUUCUGGAAAGGCACGUUUGUCGACAAGCGUCUCCACACAACGACGUGUUCCAAGUCUUCUACAGGUUACUACUAUUUCGCCGCACCAACCUCCGCCCCUCGACAAUGUCCCGCGAGCGUGAGCCCCGUCACCGCACGGCUGGAUCGUCAGCGUCCGUGCGUGCUCCACGCGGUGCCUGCAAUGGAGAGAAGCGUCUGGAGUGUCCGGUGUGCGAGAAGCAGUUCGCCUUUAGAAGUAAACUAGAAACGCACCUUCGGACCCACACCGGAGAGAAGCCUUUCGAGUGCACAGUUUGUCAGACGAAGUUCGCUGUAAGUGGAGAUCUCAGAAAGCACCUUCGGACCCACACCGGGGAGAAGCCUUUCGAGUGCCCAGUUUGCAAGCAGAAGUUCAAUCAAAGUGGACAUCUCCGAAACCACCUUCGCACCCACACCGGGGAGAAGCCUUUCGAGUGCGCAGUUUGCAGGCAGAAGUUCAAUCAAAGUGGACAUCUCCGAAACCACCUUCGCACCCACACCGGGGAGAAGCCUUACGAGUGCACAGUUUGUCAGACGAAGUUCGCUGUAAGUGGAGCUCUCAGAAGGCACCUUCGCACCCACACCGGAGAGAAGCCUUUCGAGUGCACAGUUUGUCAGAAGAAGUUCGCUGUAAGUGGAGAUCUCAGAAGGCACCUUCGCACCCACACCGGAGAGAAGCCUUUCGAGUGCACAGUUUGUCAGACGAAGUUCGCUGUAAGUGGAGAACUCAGAACGCACCUUCGGAUCCACACCGGGGAGAAGCCUUACGAGUGCACAGUUUGCAAGAAGAAGUUUGUGCAAAGUGGACAUCUUCGAAAGCACCUUCUGACACACAGCGGGGACACGCAUCGUGAGUGAAUAAUUUUCGACGACCUUGAUUUUUAUGGCAUUGUACACGGCACAUCGUUUGUGCCAUUUUAUUUCUGUUCACUGCCAAUCCAAGUGUGGACCAAGUCCACGCUUCCUUGCGUCGACCAUUUCUGGUCCACGCUUCCUUGCGUCGACCAGUUUGGUCCACGUUUCCUUGCGUGGACCACAGUUUGGUCCACACUUCCUCGCGUGGACCACGGUUUGGUCCACGCUUCACAGUCUGGUCCGUGGCAGUUUUCCGCACAGUCUGUGUCC